AUGGAUAACCAAAACCAAAACACACACCAAACCAACCAACCAACCAACAACUUUCCUUUCGAGGAAAAAUCAACUUCGGACGAUCAACCGAGCCGAUCCUGGAAAACCGAAAGGUCCAAUACCAACAAGGACUAUGAAAACGGCGAUGACAACGUCUUUGACACAGAUCAAGCGGCUCUCGAUGAGUUUAUGAGUGUUUCCCUGACGGACCAAGACAACCGUUCCGACGACGAAUCCAUGGAAACAGAUUUACUCAUCGAUGAAGAGCCCGACGAAAAUCUUGCCGAAAGCGACGCCAUGAGCAUAGCAUCCUUAGAGACAAUGCCUGGCACACCUUGCCGAGACGAGUUAGACCCAUUUGUUCGACAAGAUGAUUGUUCGCCCGGCGAAGUAAUCAUCGAGCAGCCAAAUCCACCUAACACACCGGUCCAAACCGUCUUCAAAACCAAUGGAUCUGACCCAACAGAUCUCCUGCGAAAUUUUGACAGACAGGUGCGAGAAAACCUCGGUAAACUUGAAGUUACCUACACUCACAAUGAGCGGGGACAGCGACAAUGUCCAGUCCGAUGUGGCUCAGUAGCGCACCUGAACUGCCAGAAAAACAGAAAGCGAAACUUCGAGGGUAACAGAGUCAAUCAGGCUUACGCCGCCAGUCGACCUCAUGCAGGUACCGGCCAAGCAUCAUACAGAACGGCGAUUGGCUCGAAAUUCAAUAAUGACCGCAAUCGAUGGCUCAAACAAGAAAAGCUCAAACCGCAUCAGCGAAUGCCUUUCAAGUACAGCCCGACAGAGAUCACGGUCUACCCGAAAAAAUUGAGCGGAGUUUCGAAACGGGACCUGGAUAAAGCCCUUAAGGCAAACGACUGGCGAAAGAUCAGAUCGGCACUCUCUGACAUCGCAAACAAACAAGAAUGCCUAUCCACUUACAUGAUCAAACGACUGAACCGCCAAGUUGAGCUUGCCAUAUACAAAGGUCACUACAUGCUCUUUGAUUUGAUUACCGGUGGCGAGUUGUUUGAAGAUAUCGUGACGAGAGAGUACUACUCCGAACGCGUAGCUGCGAAAUGUUGUAUUCAACAGAUUCUCGAAGCCGUCUCUUUCUGCCACAAAAAUGAUGUUGUUCACAUAGAUUUGAAACCUGAAAACCUCCUUCUUGAUUCAAAGCGGCCAAACGCAGCAAUCAAACUCGCAGAUUUCGGCCUCGCGAUCGAGUGCCAAGGAAACAAACUUCUACGGUAA